CUGUGUCCGCUGAUUGGUAAGCUACCUGUGGCUGUCAGUUUAUUCAAUCUGCGAAAAGGAAUGCACUGCGAACAUUGACUCAUAAUGUAUUCUACCGUGAUUGUUACUCUUUGUAAAGUGUUUUUUUUUAGGUCACUUAAGGUAAUGUCUGCCUCUGAUGUCCCUCAUGAAUUUGGCUUGCAUCACAUGGCUUGUAUCAGGCUGCUGGGUGAAGACCACAUGCUUUCACUUCUGCAUAAAUGGAUCCCGUUUCUAGUCAUUGCACAAACUUUUGCCUGCGGACUCUCCACCUGGAUUAAACACUGAUUUUUCUGCCUCCUGAUGUGAAGUUUAAGAUCCUUGUGCCACCUGCGAUGGCUUUUGUGAAAAACAUCCUCAUUCUUUGUCAACUUCUUCAGUUAGUGAGGAGCAUAAAUAUCCAAUAUUUCCCAUGUGACGCUGAUGAGAAUGGCACUGAAGUCGACUGCCGUGACAGACCACUCGAGCACGUCCCGAACAUCAAAAACACAUCUGUAGUGUCACUCGAUUUGAGUCGGACUAAGAUACACUAUGUGAGAGAGGAUGCUUUUGCAGGUGUUCCAAAUCUUGACACUCUGAAAAUGGAGGGCAAUUGUCUACCAGGUAGACUGAGAGACCCUGAAGACCACACAUGCGCAGUGAAGAUUGAGGCUGGUGCUUUCAAGAGCCUGUUAAAGCUUCGAUAUCUGUAUCUGUCAGGAAACAGCCUUACCUUCAUACCAUGGUUACCUGAAAGCCUGAAGGUUCUUGAUCUACAGUAUAAUUGCAUCUUCCAUAUUACCGAGCCUUUAAGAACCCUACAUCUUGAAGUGCUCUUCCUCACCAAGAACUGCUUUUAUGCAAACCCAUGCUACCAGUCCUUCGAGAUCAGUCAGACUGUUUUCAGAGGCCUCCCCAAACUCAAAAACCUUACACUAGGGUAUAAUAAUUUGACAGCUAUCCCUAAAGGGCUGCCACCCUCACUGGAGAGCCUGGAUUUAAGGGAGAACACAAUCACGGAGGUCUUAGAAGGGGCGUUUGCUAACUUGACUGCCCUCAGGUCUUUGAAUUUGGAGUGGAACUGCCAGCGGUGUGACCAUGCAGCGAGGCCCUGCUUUCCAUGCCCAAAUAAUCUCCCGUUACACCUCCACCCAAAUGCAUUCUACGCUGAGAACAGCUCCAUCACCUACCUAAGCUUGAGGGGAAAUUCUCUAAAAACAUUUCCUGAAGGCCUAUUCAGACCGUUGAAGAGUUUAGAGAGAUUGGACCUCUCUGACAACCUCCUGGCAUAUGCUAUACAAACUGGCACCUUCUUUGGAGAGCUGAAGGGCCUCAAAUGGAUUAGUCUUAUCUAUAACUAUGAACCACAGCGGACAUUUCCGGAACUGAUCCUCUCCCCACAUAUUAGUAAUAUAUCUGGACUACAAUAUCUUCUCCUGAGUGGCAACUUUUUCCACACGCUUUCAAAAGAAAGCCUUAAAGUUCUGUCCAACCUUCCAAACCUUGCCAAGCUAGAACUGAGAAUGAACUUCAUUAAAACUUGUAACAUGACCUCUCUGAAACAGUUACCAUCUCUCAUAAAUAUUGACCUGUCCCAAAACAUGCUUAGUUUCCUUCCAUGCUGCCCGAGUUUGUCAUCUGAAACAGCUGCACUGGAAAGCUGCCAGAACCAUAAGUUGUUUACAGAUAAUUUUCGUGACCAACCUGCUAUCUUAAAGGAUAGAGAACUCACAUCUGGAGGCUGGAUUUGUAUUAUAAAGAGGCUCAGUGAACUUAAAUCCACUCUGAAGGUUUUAGAUGUUAGCAACAAUGAAUUUCAUUUCAAAAUGAGGGGCAUGGGCCACCGUUUUGAGUUCCUUCAAAAUCUGACUAACUUGAAAGUUUUAAGUCUGGCAAACAAUGGCAUUGGGAUGCGAAUCGAUCAAACUCUGAUAAGCAAAUCUCUGAACUACCUCUACUUUAAUGGAAAUCACCUUGACAUCAUGUGGGCUUCUAACAACAACAUUUACACUCACUUCUUCCAAAAUCUGACAAACCUCACUUUCCUGGAUAUAUCUGAUAAUGGUCUGAAAUCAGUCUCACGAGAAGUGCUGUGUAACUUCCCAAGAAGCCUUAAGGCCCUCAGUAUCAGCAACAACUUGCUGAAUUAUUUCCCAUGGCAAAAUGUCUCAGCACUCUGCGAUUUACAGCACCUGAACCUGAGCCAAAACUACCUUUUUCAUUUGCCUCAUACAGUUAUAGAAUUUGGACACAGUUUGUCUAUCUUAGACCUCAGUCACAAUCGCCUUAGUUCUAUUCCUGAAGAUUUUUUCAGUAAGGCAAAGUCCCUGAGAUAUCUGUAUCUCAGUCACAACCAGAUCAAAGAGUUGAACCAUCAGCAUCUCCCUGCCCCCUUUCACAAUGGAAGUGCACUUCAGAAACUCACCCUUCAUGCCAACCCCUUUAAAUGUGACUGUAAUUCGUCCUGGUUUGCUGACUUCUUGAGAACUACUUUGGUGCAGAUUCCUUAUCUGACCACACACAUACAUUGUGAAUACCCAGAGUCUCAACAAGGUCAGAGUAUACUGUCCAUGGACCAGCGAUCCUGCCAGGACAUAUAUGGGGGCUUGGCCUUCCUUGUCUGCUCCUUCUUGGCUGUGGUUUUCACUGUUCUUCCUCUACUGAAGCACCUCUAUGGCUGGGAUAUGUGGUAUUGCUUGCAGGUGCUCUGGGCAGGACAUAAAGGCUACUCCCAGCUGGCUGGCAGGGAUUCACAUUAUCAAUACAAUGCUUUUGUGGUGUUUGAUACCAGCAAUCAGGCUGUGAGGGACUGGGUUUACAAUGAGUUAACUGUCAAUCUGGAGAACUCGGGCCACAAGAGGUUUUCUCUCUGCUUGGAAGAAAGGGACUGGAUUCCUGGACUUUCAUGUAUUGACAAUCUACACCACGCCGUCCACAACAGUGUGAAGACGGUGUUUGUGUUGUCCAGGAGUAUGAACGGAAGUGAGACAGUGAAUGGUGUCAUCCGCCAGGCUUUCUUCAUGGUUCAGCAGAGGCUUCUGGAUGAGAAGGUGGAUGCGGCCGUGGUGGUUCUGUUGGACGAGAUGUUUCCCAAACUGAAGUACCUUCAACUGAGGAAGAGGUUGUGCAGGAAAUCUGUGUUGUCUUGGCCAAGAAACCCUCGGGCCCAACCUCUUUUCUGGAAUCGAAUGAGAAUGGCAUUGUCAUCAGAUAACCUUAAAUUUUAUGACAACAACAUGAGUGAAAGUUUUAUUUAACCUCCUUUUAGCUCGAAAAAUCUUCCCUCCCCCCAUUACCUGUUUUCAACAACCUGCCUGUCGAUGCUCCUUGUAAUAGGUGAGAUGGUGCCACAGAUGUAAGGUAUUUUAUUGUUGCCAUUAUUGUGGAAGUAUGUAUUUUUAAAAGUUAAAACCCUCCUUGUGUAUAUUUUACUUUUCAGAAUAGUGUUCUGUUGUUACAUCUGUCAGUUACAUUUUUCAAGGGUGUUAUUAAUGUAAAUUUGUUUUUUAGAAUUUCAUGUUAUGGCUUCUUUCCAAGCUUGAAGAGAUAAGGAUAUAUAUUUUGCCUUUUUAGUAUAAUCUUUGUUUGAAGGGUGUUUGCCAUCCUGGGCUGCAAAGAUAAUCAAAAGACUAAUACCAGACAAUGCAAAUAAACAUGGCUUGAUAUCACGCCAGUAACUUCACUUCCUAUGUAUUAAGGGAGUAGCCAACGACAGUCUACCUGCAACACACCCCCACCCCAAUCUGAAAAUUUCACUUCUCUUUGGUCAGAUGUUGAGGGAAAUGAAACUGGUGAUUAUUUUGUAACAGGUUACAGAUCACAAACAGCUUCACUAACCACAUCUCUUCAAAGGAAAAAAAGUCCCCUGUGAUUUCUUACGAAGUUUAAGAAGAAAACUUUGACAGGCCAGUUGCUUAUAAUAUGACGGUAAAUACUUCUGGAAACUACUGACAGGAAAAUGUGACUGAAACACACUGUAGGUGACAGGAUUCAAAAAAUAUAAAUCGAAAGUAACGGAACAGAUUGGAAUAAAGCAGUACAGCUUGAUGUAUACUGCUUUUGUUCAUCUAUUUUAGCGUGUGGGCUGCAAUCCCAGUUUCAUUUUUGCCUCAUGGUCUGCACUGUAAAAGAAAAUAAAAAGGUCAAAUGACUGGCAACAGAUGUCAGACAAAAAAACACAUAACUAUGGUAAAACACUUUAAUCUUUAUAAAAUGCAAAGACAACAAAUGUACAUGCACUUUUUUAAAAAUACUUUACAGAGAAACACUGCUAUCUUACUGUUUUUUUCAACCUUAUUAAGAUUAACCAUUUCCAAAAAACCUUGUGAUAGACCUAAAAUUUCUGCAGUGAAAACAGUUUCAUUUUAUUUUUAAAUUAUUAGAAUCAAAAAUCUUAAAUGAAGUGUAAACACAUGCUCAAGACAUGUUAAAAUAAGUAUUUUGGAUGAUGAAUAUGUUCUUCAUUCAGAUUAAAAUAGUAUUCAUGAAUAAUUCCACAGACUAAACUAAAAAAAAGGCAUUUCUGUGUGUCCUCGCCUUGUUCGGUGUUGAAAUUAAGACAAAUGAGUUAUACAACCCAAAAACUCUUGUACGGCACAGUUUUAUACUCUUACAAACAUUGAAGCAUUACGUUGGAUGCAAUUAAAACAAACAAAAAACUUUGCUUCAUUUGUAACCAGAAUUACAGAGACUGGAUGUAAAAGUACACAUGAAUGUGAAACUAUUAGGAUUUAUUUUACAAUGACUGGGAAGCAUGUUAAAUUGAUAGCAAGGGGAUAAACCAACCUGUGAAGAGGUGCAUAUUUAUUACAAAGCAGUUUUGUCUGUAAUUUUAGAAAGCAGAGAAAAUACAGAAUAAAUAAUGACAACACAAGAAAUAAAUGUAAUUUGGCAUUAUUGGCAUAACAUUUAGUAACACUUAAAGUUACUGUAGGGUUGUCAAUUAGAAAUAACUGCACGUUUACAGACUGUUUGAUACAAAUAUAAUAUAUAUAAUUAAACUUGAAAAUUACUGUUAAA